AACCUGUGACGCAGCGUAGCAGAGAGCAAAGUGUAGAGGAGUAAGCAGGACAGGUACGCACAGCUUCACCAACACCAACACACAGUUAAGAAACGUUCAGAAGUCGCUUAGAAAAAAAUCCGAGCGCUGCUGUGCAGUUUAGUGCUGGACUGGGAGCCGGUCUGGUUUCAAAGCUGGACUAUGGGAGCUGCCUUAGGGACUUGUGCGGUGGCUCAGUGGGCUCAGUGCUUGUGCUGCAGUGCAACAUGCCUGGCCUGCAGAUGUUGCCCACACAGCAAGAACUCCAUUGUGACACGUGUCAUUUACGCCUUCAUCCUGCUGAUCGGCACCAUCAUUUCCUGCAUCAUGCUGUCACCUGGUGUUGAGCAACAACUUAAAAGGAUCCCCGGGUUCUGUGAGGGUGGAGCUGGGUCCAGCAUCCCAGGUGUCGCAGUUCAUGUUCAGUGUGAGACAUUUGUGGGCUACAAGGCUGUAUAUAGAGUGUGCUUUGCCAUGAGCGUGUGCUUCUUGGCCUUCUCCCUGAUCACGAUCAACGUGAGGAACAGCAGAGACCCUCGAGCUGCUCUCCACAACAGCUUCUGGUUCUUCAAAAUCGCAUUCAUCAUUGGAGUCACAGUCGGUGCCUUUUACAUACCGGAGGGGCCUUUUACCCGAACUUGGUUUAUUGUUGGGACGUGUGGCGCUUUUUUCUUCAUUCUAAUCCAGCUGGUUCUUCUUGUGGACUUCGCACACUCAUGGAACGAGUCGUGGGUGGAUAAGAUGGAAAGUGGGAACUCGAAGGUGUGGUACGGUGCCUUACUCUGUGUAAUGGGACUAAACUACGCUCUGUCCCUCACUGCCAUCGUCCUCAUGUACCACUUCUACACUAGACCAGAAGAAUGUGCACUCAACAAGUUCUUCAUCAGCUUCAACAUGCUACUGUGCAUUGGUGCUUCGGUGAUCUCCAUGCUAAGCAAAGUACAGGACUCUCAGCCCAGAUCUGGGCUUCUCCAGUCUUCUGUCAUUACUUUGUACACCAUGUAUCUGACCUGGUCAGCCAUGACAAAUGAGCCAGACCGCACAUGCAACCCCAGCCUUCUGAGCAUCUUCCAGCAGAUCGCUGAGCCCACACUCGCCCCAGUGGAGAACCAGACGUCCGUAAUCAUCAUUGAAGCAGAGGAACCCGAGCCCUCAUCCCCUUACUUGCAGUGGUGGGAUGCCCAGAGUGUCGUUGGACUGGCUAUAUUUGUCCUCUGCAUUUUGUACUCAAGUAUACGCUCAUCCAGCACCAGUCAGGUAAAUAAGCUGAUACUGGUCUCUAAAGAUAAGGUCAUCAUUGAGGACAGUUCCCCAGGAAGCUCCAGCGAGGUGGAGGACGGCUCUGGCCCAAAGCGUGUCACAGACAACGAGAAGGAGUUUGUACAGUACAACUACUCUUUCUUUCACUUCAUGCUCUUCCUCGCUUCACUGUACAUCAUGAUGACACUCACAAACUGGUACAGUCCUGAUGCUGACUAUAGUGACAUGGGCAGCAAGUGGCCAGCAGUUUGGGUAAAAAUCUCAUCCAGUUGGGUCUGUCUCACCAUAUACGUCUGGACACUGAUCGCUCCAGUGAUAUUCCCAAACAGAGACUUUGCAUAGACGUGUUCUCUUUAUCCUUUCAGCAUUCAUCUCUGGAGCCUUUACAGUGGAAAGAUGACCACAUUUGAACUGUAGACAUAAAAUUAUAUACUCCUAAAAAUAAAGGUUUCCAGAAUGGUUCCGGGCUUGGAUACACAAUUCUAGGGUACACCAUUUCAUAGUGAACCUUUACAUUAUUUGGAGGUUCUUUAAAUCUUAAAAAGGUUCUUCACAUUCACACAGAUCAUUUACCAAAAUGGUUCUUUAACCAUAUUCUACAGUAUCUGCAGAAUAUUCUGCCUGCUUUGGAGGUCCCUCUGCUGUAUAAUGCCUUUUUUCUUAAAACCGUUAAUGGAAUAUAUUGGAUUUACAAACUGGAAGCGAGCUCAUUUGUGAGCGAGCAGGUCCAUAUUUAUAGAAGUGUUUUUUAUUGUGUUGACAGAACUGUUUGAUAUGAAGAAAACUGGAGUUGUCUGUUUUAUCUCAGCAUGGCCAUCUUUGUGGAGAGGUGUCAACUAUUUAUCACAAGAGUGGGUUCUUGCUCCUCAUUGCUUGCUAGCAGCUCAACAGAGUCACAGUUCAUGCACAGAGAGACAACAGAGUCCUAGUUCAUCUGAUAACAGAGUUACAGACAACAAACAUUUUAUUUGAUUAUAUUAAUCAAAAAUAUCUGAACUGAUUUCUGUUUCACUGGCAGAAUGGCCACUAGGGGACACUGCAGAAAGAGGUUAAAAAACAUUUAUUUAAAGUUUAAAAACUGGUUCUUCUAUGGCUUUGUUCCAGAAGACAUUUCGAACACCAAAAAACCCAAACAACACCUUUAUUUUUAGGAGUGUUGAACUGACUGUAGAAAUGUAAAGUGUCAGUGCUGCCUUUACUAGUAAUACAAUGAAUUAUAUAUUUAGUAUAUUCAUGCUGGAUACUGUUUUGUAGCACUAAUACUGUGCAGUUGUGUAAUUUUAGCACUUAAGCACACAGCGCUGCAUCAUUUAUUUGCAAAACAGUGCCAUCUCUGGACACUAUCAUGUAUCUAGCAUUCUGAUUUGCACUAAAAUAUUUAUGCAAAAGAGCACAAAAUAAGCACAAAAUGAUACUGAUAUGAAGUGUCUCCUGUGAUUUGCAGCACUUACCUACCACUUUUGAAUUUUCAGCUAAAUAUUUGUAUUGAAUAACAUUCCAUAUAUUUUGAUAAGAUUCAUCGCAGCUAAUUUCAUAUAGACUAGGCUGGAUGUUUACAGGUGUUUGAUUUGUCUGUUACAUGUGAGUAAGGACCACUGACCAAACAAAUGGAUGAACAAAUACAUUUUAUGUCCUUUUAUAUUUUAUUACGCAUACUUUACCAGAAAACAGUGAUACCACAAGUAAUUUUGUAAAAUUAGAAUUUGUACGAUUUUCAUCACUGCACUAUUGUGUUAGAUGUGCAACCAUGCAAGCCAUGACUCUUUUCUGUUUGGUGAUUUAGUUUUUCCCCCCGAUAAUGUGUAUAACAAGCUGAAUAUGCAUAAUUUGGAUUUAAUUAAGUUGCAGUUAUCAUCUGUGGAUAAUGUCCCAACCAAAGCCUUAUAAGUUGUGAAUGUGGUUUACUCUAUGAACGUUCAUGAGAGAAUAUUGUUCUAUUGCAUUUUUUACAAUUGCUGCCAAAGAUAUUUACUUUUAUUUUUAAAUGUACUUUUUACUUUUCAGUCAUACACAAAUGUACUUUGAAUAAAGGUUGAAAAACAGAAAA